UUUUUCUCUUACUUAGCAAAUGGACCAAGUCCGCCGGUUGACUGCGAGGGAGAUACCCCAAAUCAUCUUUCCUAGUGUGCACUUCCAUACGAAAUUUUCAUUCCUUUGUUGGAGAAAAUUCGCCCACAGAUUCUCCAGAUCCUGAAACGAACGUUCUCUUAUGGUCCAACAGAACGGCACCAACUCGAUGUCUACUUCCCCCAGAAAAAUCCAGAAUCGGAACAUAAUAAAAAGCCCAUUCUCUUCUUCGUUUACGGAGGAGGCUUCGUCACCGGUGCGAAAUCGAUGCCUCCUCCUGCCGAUCUGGUCUACGGAAACGUUGCGGCCUAUUUUGCCCAGAAAGGGUUCAUCACCAUAAUCCCAGACUAUCGAUUGUUACCUGAGGCAAGGUUUCCGGUUCCUGCUCGAGAUGUAUUGGACGCUAUAUCGUUCGUUCGUGAGAAUCCUGAGAUUCUCCGGUCUGGAAACGGCGUUGAAGGCGAUGUUGACUCUGUCUUCCUCAUGGGACACUCAGCUGGAGCGGCCAACGUUACCACUAUUUUCUUGCAUCCAGACCUUUCGCCGUCCAUCUCCAAGGUGAAUAUUAAAGGUGCCGUGCUCAUGUCUGGGCCGUACGACUAUAAUGCGGAAGGAGCCAUCAACACUGCUUCUCCCGAAGUCGUUCAAAAUUUCUAUGGAGGCCUGGAAAGCAUAAAGAAGAAUUGCCCUUGUGGUCUGUUGAAGGAUAUUUCAGAGGAAAGUGUUCAUUCGUUGCCGCCCAUGCUUUUAGUGGAAGGAGAGCACGAGCCAGAUUCGUUCAAGGUUAUGGGAAAGUCAUUUCAAAGAGCUUUGGAAGCUUUGACCAAGCAGACUGUACCAAAAUGCAUUGCGCAGAAGCACAACCAUAUCAGUCUCAGUCUCGCUUUGGGAACAGGCCAAGGAGAAGAAUGGGCGCAGCAAGCAGUCGAGUGGAUGACAUCGAAAGUCUGA